CAUAAACAUGUCUCAAGCCAGUUUACUUUUGUUGAUUACAUCUCUUUUGGUCUCGACGACUUUGGCUGGGCCGAUCUUUUGGUUCCUCCCGUGGACAAACUGGCUCCCGAGUUCCGGAAGCAGCAGCAGUUCCAGUUCGACGACUUCAACCGCUUCUCGGGCCCCAAUCAAUGCCACCAUAAACCUGGGAAAUCGUAACAACACUACGACUGGAUUGGAUGAUCUGGGAACGGUUAUAGACGGCGUGACCAUAACCCGGAGCCGGAGAUCACUUCCGACCAUUUCUAGCAACAGCAGUCAAACCCGAGAUGAAGACACCGAGAAUCAGCUGAGGAAGAAGCGUUCCCCACAGCAGUUUUCUACGGAUUCUUACAUUCAAGUGGGAAAUCACGUUAUCCGUUUGCCUCCCGGGGAUGUGUCCAAUUUGACCAUCCAUAUCAUAGACGGAACCCCGACGGUGUUGGUUCCGAGUUUGUUUCCUGACAGAGAGUCGAACUCUUCCGGGAUUUUCGAUUGGAUCAAGAAGUUUUUCACAAGGGAUUAGAAAGACGAUGGAGCUUGAGCACAGCAGCAGAGUCGGGCUUUUGUCAAAAAUAUGUGAAGGAAGUGAACAUUUCGUAAACGAAUAUUUUUAAGUUCUUUAAUCAUAUCAGAUCUAAUAUCAUUUCAAAUCUAAGAGAAUCCAAGUUACUUAAGUUCCACUUAAGUACACUUCAAGUCAAUUUUUGAUUAAAGGGAAGCACAAUUCGAUGUUGAGUAAUAAACUGCAGCUUUUCCUAUGAACUCGAAA